GUUGUACUAGUUUAUUAUUGAAAUAUAAAUGCCAAAUACCACUCUAAAAAUAAAUAAAUAUGAUGAGAGAGAAAUAUAGAAAGGCAGUUACAAUGUGAGUGAAGCUAUGGAGUAUAGAGAUUUAACGCAUUCUCACCACCACAUUGAUACUCACGCCCUUCUCUCCGCCCCGCAUUGCCAUUGAUUUUUCCGAUUUUACCUCUCCUCCACCCCUUCCCAUUUUCCAUUUUUUCCUUUUCAUUAACAAUAUCGCCGCCGCCGUCGCCGGAGUAAUAGCCGUCGCUGAAAUGACGCCCGUUAAAUCGAGAGUCACGGUGGUCGGAAGCGGCAAUUGGGGUAGCGUCGCCGCCAAGCUCAUCGCCUCCAACACGCUCAGGCUCAAUUCCUUCCACGAUGAAGUGAGAAUGUGGGUGUACGAGGAGAAAUUGCCAACCGGUGAAAAACUCACCCAAGUCAUCAACAGAACAAAUGAGAAUGUUAAAUAUCUCCCCGGCGUUAAGCUUGGUAAAAAUGUAGUUGCUGAUCCCGAUCUUGAAAAUGCAGUGAAGAAUGCCAACAUGUUGGUAUUCGUGACCCCUCACCAAUUCAUGGAGGGAAUUUGUAAGAGGCUAGUGGGGAAGAUAAUGCCCAAUGCUGAAGCUAUUUCUCUCAUUAAAGGAAUGGAGGUUAAAAGGGAGGGCCCAUGCAUGAUUUCCUCCCUAAUCUCCGAUCACCUCGGAGUUAACUGUUGUGUUUUGAUGGGUGCAAACAUUGCCAACGAGAUUGCGGUGGAGAAAUUUAGUGAGGCGACCGUUGGGUACAGAAAAGACAAACAAACUGCUGACCAAUGGGUUCAUCUGUUCAACACUUCCUACUUUAUGGUCUCGGCUGUCCAAGAUGUCGAAGGAGUUGAACUAUGUGGAACGCUGAAAAACGUUGUGGCUCUUGCAGCAGGAUUUGUGGAUGGGUUGGAUAUGGGGAAUAAUACAAAGGCUGCAAUCAUGAGAAUUGGCUUGAGAGAAAUGAAAGCCAUCUCAAAGCUUCUCUUCCCUACCGUCAAAGAUAGUACAUUCUUCGAGAGCUGUGGUGUAGCAGAUCUAAUCACAACCUGCCUUGGGGGACGAAAUAGGAAAUGUGCUGAGGCCUUUGCUAGGAAUGGUGGCAAAAGGUCUUUUGAUGAGCUAGAAGCCGAGAUGUUACAGGGCCAAAAGUUACAGGGCGUCUCAACUGCAAAAGAGGUUUAUGAAGUUUUGAGCCAUCGAAAAUGGUUAGAGCUUUUCCCUCUCUUCUCCACUGUUCAUGAGAUUUGCAUCGGUCACCUUCCGCCAACAGCCAUAGUCAAAUAUCGUGAGCAACCCCCAAAAUUUUCAAUCGUGGAAGGCUCUAUUCAGCUUUUCUAAGAUUCGCGCUUUAGUGUUUGUUUAUAUCAUACAUUAAUGUUUUUUGGCCAAUAUGUCACACACAGAGCCAGGGCCAGCUGAGCUUAUAUAGAUGGCUACUGCAAAUUUUAUGGAACUGAAAUUUGAUGGGCAUCGACUCUGGAUUGAGAAAAGGGUGGAAAAUUCAGAAUAAAAAUUUGAAUCAACAUCUGGGUUCACAUUUCCUCUUGUUCUCGUGAAAAAUCAUCAAAAAUCAAACAUUUCUUGUUCACAAAAUCCAUGUAAUAGACCUCGAACUGAUCAUACAAAUUAAAAUAGAACUUGUGAAGGAAAACUGGAGCACAACAAAGAAACUACACUAUAUUGGACUACGAAACAUUUGUCUAGAAUCUGCGCCUCGGUUUUUCCUCAGCCACACUGAUUCUAAUCGCCCGUCCAUCCAAAUCCUGCCCAUCGAGAGCGGCUAUGGCAUCAUUCAGUUCCUUCUCGCUCGACAUCGUGACGAAGCCAAAGCCACGUGAACGCGAUGUAUUGAUAUCGUAAAUAACUCUAGCUUCAACCACUUUGCAGUGCUUGCUAAAAAAUUGCCCCAGACGAGCAUCAUCCACUUGCCAUGGUAAGUUGGUGACGUACAACCUGAAAGAAGAAUGGUACGUUCGGGGAACCCUUUCUGGUCGAGAAUCUUUUUUAGUGGCCUUGGUCACGGUUAAAACUCGCCCGUUUAGAUCCUAUCGAUUGAACAUCUUCAAGGCCUUCUCAGCUUCUUCCACAGUGCUCAUAGUUACAAAUCCAAAGCCUCGACUUUGAUCAGCCUGCCUUUUGUAAAUCACCUACAACGACUUCAACAACCCCAGCCUGACCAAAAAGCUGAGCCAAAGUUUCGCUGUCAACAUCAUAAGGCAAAUUUCCGACAAACACCUUAGCUUCCUCCGACGGCUCCGUAUAAGAUUCGUCCAAACUUCCACCGUCGCCGUCAACGUUAUCCUCUGUAGUCUCCCACGCUAAUGAAUCAGCGGCGACAUUAGCCUCUGUAGCACCAUCACUUUCGUACUCAAUCCCACUGUUUUCUUCUUCUUCUUCUACAUCAUCUUCUUCCUGUUGGGCCCAAUCUGAAGUCUGCGCUACAAAUGGGACAAUUUUGAAAGGUGGAAUCUUGGUUUUCAGUGAAACAGGAGAAGACUGGAAGCGAAUUUGCCUCGAGGCGAGCAAUGGGCAAGUGGGUUUGGAAAUGGAGGUUGUGAAAUGGCAGCAUUCAAGCAAUUUGAGAUUAAGGUUAGCUGCAGAAGCCAUUUCUUGUGAGAUUACCCGAGUACAGAGUUGAGAGUGAGGGAGGAGAUUGUGGAAGUUGAAGAUAAGAAUUUUAAACCACACUAGUUGAAAAGAUGGGGUUUGGUUGGAGUUAUC